AUUUGUUUUAUUAUAAGCGCUAAACCCUUCUGUUUUUGACCUCUCUUCCCCUAUAAACCCUACACCAUUCUUAACUCUUGCUCUCCACGAAAGGAACGGUCUCAGACUCUAGGAAGAUGAAUUUCAACAAUGCCAAAGUUCCCAAGAUUCCAAGUGGUCUUCCUACUGUGCUGAAGCUGGGAGUCAUUGGUGCUCUUGGUGUGUAUGGAGUGGCCAACAGUCUCUACAAUGUCGAUGGUGGGCACCGAGCUAUUGUGUUCAACCGUCUCGUUGGUGUCAAAGAUAAGGUUUAUCCUGAGGGCACACACCUUAUGCUUCCAUGGUUUGAGAGGCCAGUCAUCUAUGAUGUCCGUGCUCGACCACAUUUAGUAGAGAGUACCUCGGGUAGUCGUGACCUCCAGAUGGUGAAGAUCGGGCUUCGUGUUCUCACCCGCCCUGUGGCUGAUCAGUUACCUACAAUUUAUAGGACCCUUGGUGAGAAUUAUAAUGAGAGAGUUCUGCCUUCAAUCAUUCAUGAAACUUUGAAAGCUGUGGUAGCACAGUACAAUGCCAGCCAGCUCAUUACUCAGAGAGAGGCUGUCAGCAGGGAAAUAAGGAAGAUCUUGACAGAGCGGGCAGCCUAUUUCAACAUUGCACUUGAUGAUGUGUCCAUCACAAGCUUGACUUUUGGAAAGGAAUUUACAGCUGCAAUUGAGGCCAAACAAGUGGCUGCUCAAGAAGCUGAGAGAGCAAAGUUUAUUGUGGAGAAGGCUGAACAGGACAAAAAGAGUGCUGUUAUCCGAGCACAGGGUGAAGCCAAAAGUGCCCAGCUCAUUGGUCAAGCUAUCGCAAACAAUCCUGCUUUCAUCACACUGCGGAAGAUUGAAGCUGCAAGAGAAAUUGCUCAGACCAUUGCAAAUUCUGCCAACAAGGUUUUCUUGAACUCGGACGAUCUGUUGCUGAACCUUCAGGAGAUGAAUCUUGAGAGCGCAAAGAAAUAGGCAAACAUCAGCUUAAAACUCAGCUACUCCCCCCUGGUGGUUUUGUUUAUCAUUUUUAAAUUUGCAUGGAAUAGUUCUGAAAAUAACAAGCACUGACUCAAGCACAUAGGUAUUUAUCUUUUCAAAGAUCAUUGGAAAUGAGGGAGAGUUUAUAUAUCAUCACUUAGAGUCUGACUUUGUGAAUGCUUAAUUGGUAUGCCCUCUUGUUAUGAAGUUUA